AUGGCAAAUUUUCCUCUAAAUCUGCCUACUUGGGGCUCAGAGGCCUUAGGCCUUCCCCUUGUAAAAACCUUUGGAAGUGUAUUUGGAAAGUGUUCUGAUCCUCAGGAAACUAUUAUGCAUGCUUUGGUCACUUGUCCCUUUGCUAGUAGAGUCUGGUUCAUCUCUGAUUUCAACAUAAACACUCAAUUUUUUCAAAACAAAUCUUUUAUUGACUGGCUUCUUUUCUGGUUAAUUGAUCCUCAAUCUAAACUCUCUGAGGAUGAUCAAUGUCUCUUUGUGGCUAUCUUAUGGUGUCUUUGGACCAGUAGAAACAACUUCAUCUUCCAGAACAUUAAGGAAAACUUCAUUGUUGUCCUAGCUAGAGCUAGAUCUAUGCUCCUCACUAGAAAAAACAGAAAUCCUAGUGUGACUAUCCCUUCUACCGUACAUGUCAGUAUUUGUGAUAAAUGGAUGCCCUCCUCUUUUGGUUGGAUUAAAUGUAAUACUGAUGGUGAAUUUGAUGAUAUCUCUGGAGCAAAUGGUGUAGGGUAUGUGAUGCGAGACUUCUCAAGAAGUGCAACCUUUUGUGCUUCCUUAGUCUUUGAUGUUUGUUCUGCUGAAGAAGCUGAAGCAAGAGUCAUCUGGGAAAUUCUGAAGAAAGCUGUGGAACAACACCUAACUCACAUCAUCAUAGAAAGUGACGCGAAAUCUCUCAUAGACCAAUUUUCAGUUGGGAAUUUUGAUGGGGACUCGCGAACAUAUGCUAUCUUUAAAGACAUUCUAUUUUUUUCUUCCAAGUUAUCUGCUUGUAUCUUUAGUUUCCAACCUCGUUAUUGUAAUUUUGUAGCUCAUGAGAUUGCUCAGUGGGCUAAACAAAACAAUUCUACCAUGUACUGGUCUACACCCCCUGUUUGGAUCCUUCCAACAGUUGAGGAGGACCAUUAG